AUGGACGAACAUCCGCUUACUCUCCUGCUGGAAUACCUGGACAAUAGUCCACAACCGACACUCGUGUUGCGUCUCUCAGACACAGACGCUGAGUUCACAUAUGCCAACCCUGCACUGCAGCGCUUGGAAGAUCUUCACAUCGAGGUCCUGAGCCAGUUCCGGCGCAUACCGAAGGAGCUGGGCCAUAACACCAAUGCGGGCGGCACAUGCGAGAAAGGUUCAAUCGCCUUGCAGAUAUCGUUCUGUGAACUCAACUGGGCCGUGAGAAUUGUCGGAAAGCAAUGGCUCAUAGUCGAGUCGAAAAAGGAGUCUGAUCGCGAGGGCGGAAACGAACCUGCAACGAUCCGGCAGUCAACAAAUGCCACUACCCUUGUCCAGAGACCAUCACCAGACGAGGAAAUUUCAGCUCUAGGCCAGUCUUUGGCGAAGAGAUCCAUUCGUCGGCCGCCCCUAGGAGCUGUAGGGCCUCAUGGCCACCUGGGCGAUUUGAGCUACCUUGAAUGGAUGCGUCAGUUCGAUUGGGCAUCUUCACCAAUCGGUGCCAUUGACGAAUGGCCGGCGGAACUUCGACAAACAUGUGAAUGCAUCCUAGCCAGUCCAGACCCAGUCAACGUACUAUGGGGCGAGGAUUGCAUAAUCCUGUACAACAAAGCAUUCUCGGCCGUGGUAGGCGAUCAGCAUCCUUCCGCGCUGGGCCGACCGUUCAAAGAAAAUUUCGCACAAUGGACGGAUUACUAUAAACUCUUCGACCGUAUGAGAGACACAGGAGAGUCAGUACAGCAAGAGAAGGUGCGACGUUUACUGGUACGUAAUGGUCACAAAGAGGAGUGCUUCUUUAGGUUCCUCUUAACUCCCGUUCUGGCUGCAGAUGGCUUCGUGGCCGGGAUUUCGACACGCGUGCACGAAGUGACACGACAAGUUAUAUUCGAGCGGAGAAUGCAGCUUCUGACCACGACAAACAAGGCGAUCGCAACGACUUAUAACCUUCAUGACUUGUGCAGAGCUGCAGCUGGUGUGUUUGAUACAUACCAAAGUGACAUCCACUUCGCAGCGAUCUACAGUGCACACUUAAACGCACAUACGCUCGAUCUCAAACUGGAAGCUACCGCAGGUCUGAGCACUGAGCACGAUAAUAUUUCAGCAACAAGCAAGCCUAUUUCACCGCAGUUUGGCAUACACAACACACUCCUGGAAGCCUGUAGGACCCGCCAAUCGAUGGUCCUUUCGACAUCGAAUGGUAGCUUGAAUGAUACCACGCUGGACCAACUGAAACACCACGGCGCUCUGCCGUGUCGAGAGAUUGUUGUUCACCCUUUAAAGUGCUUUGUUGAGGACAAUAUCGCUGCUGUCAUGAUUGUUGGGACGAGCCCACUCAGAAAGUUCGACGACGACUAUCGCUCCUUCCUACAUCUGAUGACGAGCCAGAUAGAGAAUGGUAUCACCGUCGUGAGAGGCAUCGAAAGGGAGAAAGAGCUGCAUAGAGCCCAGUUAACAUCUGAGCUAGAAAGAAGAUUCUGGCGCUUUGCUGCCAAAGCCCCAAUUGGAAUAUACAUGUAUAAUUCUGACAAUGUACUGACGUUCUGGAAUGCUGCAUUUGAAGACAUUUGCGGCAGAUCUGGACAUGAGAUGUCUCAGCCUAUGGCCUGGAUGGAUACAGUUCAUCCGGAUGGGGUCGCAGACAUAACGGCAGUGUGGGAAAGCUACAAAAAUUCGGGGUGCGAUGAAGCUGUUACCUUUGAAGUUCAGCUCAAAAAGCCUUGGACGCAGAAGCAUGGCGAUGGCGAAGUGUCACUUGAUCGAACAUAUGCCUUAGGCAUUCUUCAACCGGAAUACUCCGAGGAUGGCAAGCUUAAGGGGAAUCUUGGCUGUAUCACCGAUAUAUCGCUCUCCAAAUGGGCAGAAAAGACGCAGUCUGCACGACUGUCUGAGGCAAUAGAACAAAAGCGACAGCAAGAAAACUUCCUGGAUGUCACAUCUCAUGAGAUGAGGAACCCCCUCAAUGCCAUCUUUCAAUGCGCCUACGAGCUAACGGAGAACAUCAAAAGCAUACUUGAUAAUGGCCAGGGUAAUCAAGCUCAGCGACUCGAAACUCUGCAUGAGAGCCUCGAUCUUGCGACAACAAUCACUUAUUGCGCCAAUCACCAAAAGCGUAUCGUGGACGAUAUAUUGACCUUGUCGAAGCUGGACGCGAGGCUUGUCCAGAUUUAUCCAGAGAGUAUAAAUCCGAUCAAGCUCUACCGGGAGAUUAUUGGGCUGUUUGGUCCCGAGAUACGUGCAUCAGGCAUGAACACGAACUUCAUGAUCGGUACAGGGUACAACGGAUUAGAGCUCAAGCAGGUCAUGAUGGACCCUAGUCGAGUCACGCAAGUCGUCAUCAACCUCCUCUCUAACGCCAUCAAGUUCACAAAGAAAGGAAAACAAAGGAACCUUGAGAUGACAUUGGAUGCGCAUCUGGAAGAGCCUGCAAACAAACCAAUGGAUAUCAGAUACGUCCCCUCAGGCGUCCGACACAACAACCCUACGGAUCAGCCUGAGUGGGGACAAGGUAAGGCUAUCUAUCUGUCGUUCUCUGUUAAGGACAGUGGAGUCGGUAUGACGCCAGAAGAAUCCGGCAAGCUAUUCCAGAAGUUCUCGCAGGCCUCGCCACGCACGCAUACCCAGUUCGGUGGAUCUGGCCUAGGUCUAUACAUAUCCCGUAACCUUGCCGAGCUACACGGUGGACGGAUCGGCCUGAGUUCCCAAGCCGGAUUCGGCAGCAAAUUUGAGUUCUAUAUCAAAGUUCGUCAAACUGAGCCGACGAGCGUACCAGUCACCCCAGUCGACAGACCAGAUUUCACUCUUGGAAUGGAGCCUCUGACAACCAUAAUCUCACCAGCGAUGCAGCAAAGUCAAACACCAUCAAAGCUACCGAAUACGUCAAAAACAAGCGUUCUCAUCGUCGAAGAUAAUCUGAUCAACCAGCGUCUCCUUCGGAAGCUCAUCACAAAGCACGGAUACGACACCCUCGUAGCAAACAACGGUGAAGAAGCUCUUACAAUCAUCGUAAGCUCGACUUGGAACCCAGCACACAAUGAGAAUAACAGCGAUGUCGUCCCAACAAUCGACAUCGUUCUCUGCGACAUUGAGAUGCCAAUCAUGGACGGCAAAACGUGCGUCCGUCGCGUUCGUCGGCUCCAAGACGAGGGCUUACUGACCGACAACAUUGCAAUGAUAGCAAUAACGGGCAACGCGAGACUCGAGCAGGUCCAGGAGAUGCGACAGUGCGGCUUUGAUGAUGUGGUGACUAAGCCGUACAAGAUCGAUCAAUUGUUGACGGUUAUAGAACAGUAUGUUGGAACGUAA